GACUCCAGCUCCCAUCUGCCCGCCUCGUCUGGGACUCCAGCUCCCAUUUGCCCAGCUCCUGUAGGUGCUGUACGUUUGGGAGUACUCCAGUUCCCAUCUGCCUGCCUCCUGUAGGCACUGGGUGCCUCUAGCAGUGUCUGGAACUACAACUCCCAUUUGCCUGAGCCCUGGGAGCUGUGGUCCAAAACGCCUGGAUGGGGCCGGAGUAGAAGAGGGGAAAUGGCGCUAACCUCCCAUUCUCCCCAGCCAGCGUGAGGAUGGAUGUUGGAGUCCCACCUUAUGGAGGGAAGUUGGGGGCUCGUUGCAAAAAGCAGGACUGUGGGAGAGGGAGCUGGUGGGAAGAUGGGUCGUGGGGGCAUUUGUAGCAUUGCUUUGGCCUGCUGUCUAUGACCGUAAUAAAGAUUUGGUUUGGUUUGAUCUGAUCUGAUUUGAUUUGAUUUGAUUUGAACAGCGUGUUGGGGAGCCCCAGAGAUGGGACGGUGAGGGAGCUGCCAGCGAAAGCAGAGGCGGGCCCUGUGGCAUGGGUUCAGCUGCCACAGUGGGGUUGGCAUUAUAGCCCAUUUGAGUGGGUUGCGCGAAGAAGGCAUCCCAGGCCCUGGAGUGUGAGGAUGAGCAAUUUCAUGCUCUAAAUUGUUCUAACCUGCUGAGCUUUCUGCAUUUCUAGCCAGUCAAGAACAGAGAGUUUAGCAAGGACAAGGUUAUGGGCUCCCAUUUCACACGACCCGUGGAGGAAGGGACCAGAAAUUGAAGCAAAUAAAAAGAUGCUGAGGUUGGUUUGUUUCCCAGUUCCUUUUCCCCCCACUUAAACGUUUGUCUGGGUUGAGACAACAUUGCAGAUGAAAAUCUCGUCAGCUCGUUUGGGAUUCAGGCUAUUAUGUGAACCCAGGCAGCUUGAUUUAUCAACUGACCCAUGGCUCAUUUAAUCAACUGAACCAUGGAGUAGCAUCUUGUGCAAACACAGCUUUGAAAGAGAUCUCAGGCACUAAAGAAAAUACUGUAGAUUCAUGCCGUUCCUAAAAUUAAGAAUAGAAAAGCUAUAUACAAAUCAGGAACUGUGACCUGGAUGAUGAUGUGGUCAUUCUGUGUUUAGUUUUGGGCUCAGUAUGAUAUAAAUUUCACACAAAAAAGGAACUGUGGCCUAGAAACAACUUCAGCAAGUAGCAGAAAACAAGGCAAAGUGUAAUUCUAGCCAUUCUGCAGAAAACCCCGUCUUCUGCCAGAAACAAAAAGAAAAUUGCCUCACGCUGUACUGCAAAUGGGGCUUCAGCAAGACCAUUAUGGAACAAUUUGUCUUUAGCUUCCACCAUCUUAUCUUGCUCCUCCUUCCCACGAAUUCAGCUAUGAGGAGCAAAGGCCAUUGAAGUAGAAAGAAAUGUUCCAUUUGGUUUGCUUCCUAACAUUUCUAUUGCUAUGAAGAAUCCUAGUUUCAAAGUCUUAAGCCAUGUUUACCCAUUGGAACUAACACAGAGAUAAACUCAGAUUAGGUUAAGUGUUUUCAAUUAUUCUACUAGAGCCCCCUUUUUCCAGAAGUUGGUUGAAUACCGUAGUUGCAGACCUGUUUGGCUAAACUUUUCAAAAUGGGAUGGUUUUACUUACUGAAGACGUUUAUAUACUUCCCUUUACAUUGCAGGAAGAUAUAUAUUGCUGUCUGCGUAUUUGUGGGUAUAUUUAUUUUAAGAGGGUGUUUAUUGAAAAGAAAGAUGGUCUGUUGUUCUCAAUCAGCAGCACAUUUUGUGGAGGUACAUCUGUGACUGAGGUGUUUUGUAAAGGAUGGGCACAGGUGAUGCUUUUGCCUCUGGGUGUAUUUGAUUACUUACUUCAGUCUCCCUUGAGUUCUGCAAUUUGGGUCUAAAAUCUCAGAAGAGAGCUUAGUAGAAUUUGCUGGUAACCUUCCUCUGCACAUUCAUGCAAUGGAAAGAUCAUGUGGAGAACUGUGUUAUUCUCCUUUGACUUGAGAACAAAGAAGUGUGUUAAUAAAUUUAACAUUGGGUAGAGAGUUCUAAGUAUACAAACCAAAAUACUAACAUUUAUAAUGCAGAGCCUGAAGACAAAAUUGGAAGACUGGCAGAGAAAAGAAACAUGUAUUCCAAAGGGCCAAAAAUUGUCAAGAUCAAAAAAGUAACUGGAAUUUCCACCACCUAUUAAUUGCUUCUCAAAGGGUACUCAAGGAUAUUUGGACACCAUGACAGUCACCCUCGUGUGUGAUCCCUCAGAAGCGAUGGAGCUCUGUGCAUCUCAGCAGCUUUACCUUAAGCCCGUUGCGAAACUGACCAUCAGUGUGGUGCUUCCAGAACACACUGGAUCUACCCGGGCAUUCUCUAAGUGGGAGGUGAUGGACAAGCUGAAGAACAUGAUCUGCCCAGACCAGUUCACCAGUGUGAAGGUUUCAAAGAGCACCAAGGGCUUCAUUCGUUUUGAAGGAGAGGCUGAAACCAAGCGUUUAGUCUGCAGCCUGAAGGAGAAACUCCACGGCAAGAUGAUAAAGCUGAAUGGUUUUAAAGAUGACUUGCAAGUUGUUGCUACUGAAGCCCCUCCCGACUGCCCACCUUCUCAGGAGUCGGAGUCCGGUGCGAAAAGCCGAAAACUGCCAGAGGAACAGCUGAAGGAGGCCGUUGCUGACUGCCUCCACUUGGAAGGGCUGCCCUGCAAGUGGUUUGCCCUCAGAGGUUCAGAUAGCGAGACCCCCAGCGAAGACGUCUUGAGAGCAGUGUUUGGAAGCUUUGGGAAGAUCAAGAACGUAGAUAUCCCCAUGCUCGAUCCAUACAGGGAAGAAAUGGUGGGAGGAAGCACGAAUAACUUCAUUUUUCGUGGUCUGCGGACAUUUGAAGCUUUCGUCCAGUAUGAAGAGUCCAAGUCAUUUGCAAGAGCCAUGGAGACGCUCAAGGGCAUGAAGCUGAUGUUUAAGGGGGACGAUGGAAAAGCUCUUGCGUGUAACAUCAAGGUGACAUCUGACACCACUAGUCAUUUCAGUGAGAAUGCUAUAAAACAGAGAACCCUAGAAAGAUUAACUCUGCAAGGUCUAGAGCGAGAAAGAAAGAGAGAGGAAAACAGAGGGAGAAAAGGGACUGAAAGAAAAAGACGAGAUGAUGAUGACAAAAAAGUUGGAGAAGGAAAAAGGAAGUCUAAGAUCAAGAGACGAGAAAAAAGGCAGAUAGAUCGGGAUGAGAAACGCCCCAGAAAGCAUCUGAAAGUAACAGCUGGAGAAGAACUGUGGUCAGAAGACAUGCCUGAAUGGGAGGAGAGAAAAUACCUUCUAGCUCAGAGAAGGGUGGAAUCGAUCAGACUUCUUACAGUGCUGCUAAGCCAAAUAAAAAAUUUUGUGCUGUCCCCUGGACAAAUAGGGGUGCAUCUGCUGGAUCCUGAAAACGAACGGGAGAAGAGCUUCUCCACACCUCCAAUAGAGGAUGCGCUAAAGGAGGAGACGGAUUUGCCUUAUCUUGAGCACCAAGAACUGGAGGAUGAGAGUCAGCCUGCAUGUCAUUCGGUCCUGUUCGAUAAAGCCCCUAUAGAAGAAGGGGAAGAGGAGCAGUUCAUUGCUGCAGACUUGCCUCCAUCCCCUUCUCCCUUCGUGAGAACUGUUUUGAACGAACCAGUUGCUAGGGCAGUCACCAGCCACUUAACGGAGAAUGAUAUAGACCACUUUCAUGCUGGUGGCUUGCUACAGGUCACGGUCACUCAGGACUGCAAAGCGAUUGAGUCAUCGCCUGAUAGGUGGGAUUACCUGAGACCAAAUUUGGGGUCCUUUGCAGAUGCUUCUGAUGCAGCCAAGUGUAAAAAGCAAAAGGUUUAUGAAACAGAGGAAUUCAUACAUUAUUUACUGAACUACUACCAAACCCCCAGAUAUGCACGAAUAUGUCCAAGGGCACAAAGCCCAUCAGAUACGUCUUGGUGGCAGAGGGUGGUAUCCUGUUAUGGAGAUGGCUUCCAGAUCAACCUAAAGAGCAAAGAUGAGGAAUGUUGGACAGAAGGGAGUUUAGGAUCAGAUCUCCCUGAAAAAAACCCUCAAGUGGAUGAUGAUGACAAUUGGGAAGUAAUUGAUGAAGGGUCUGAACCUGCAGAGAACAUGCCUGAGGACCAGGCAUAUCCUCGAGAGUAUAGCGAAAGUUACCAAGGAGAAUGGGAGGAUUCGCUGGAUGAGGCCAGCGAGGGCUCCCUGCCAGACAGGUUGCAUAGUCCCAUCCCAGGAAGUAACAGUACUGCUCACAAUAAAACAUCACAAGAAGAGAAUACUCAAAUGACGGUGAUGUCAUCCCCCAAGUCGUUUGGCCAUAUGUAUAAACUGAAAGAUUUGCUGGAAGAGAUUAGCAGCGAUUCUGAAUAUUUUAGUGAGGCGCUUAAUGAGUCCCGGAACCCAUCAGAACGAAGAAAUGGUGGUUGCCAAGGCAGCUGCAAGACAUGGCCUCUCCACCAGCAAAAGGCGAAGGAACUGUUGAUACGCGUCCAGAACGUUGCCUGUGGUGAUCAGGAUGGUAAAUGCAGCACGCGCAGCUUCUGCUCCAGUACAGAGUGCUGUGACUCCUCUCUGCACCCUGGACAGAGGCCUAAGACAAGGUUCAAGAGAUCCAGCAGCAAACUAUGGUAUGAAGAGCAAAAAGUCAAAUGGUCAUCCAGUGAAGAAGAGAGAGACAUCAGCAGGAAGAAGAAGAAAAAGAAGAAAAGGUUCUCUGAUAGCUCCUUCCUCGAUGAUGAACCUCAGUUCCUUAAAACAAACCACUGCAGAGAUCUGGACUCCUUCAGCAAGAUACAGAGAAAAUGUAGCAAGAUUAUCCAUCAGAAGAUGAAAUGUAAGACUCUUCAGGCCAUGGGAGGAGCAGUAAAAAUGAAAGACAUUAUCCAUCUGAGUGCCUCUCAUCUACCAGAAGCUCCCCAAGUGACAGGUAAGGAGAGUGUGGACAUUGGUGAAAGAAGGCAUAAAGCAGAAGAACGGCAGAGACUUUCCAAGGGCAUGGUAGAAAGGUGAUGAAGAGAGCAUCUCAGGGAAGUGGUAGAAAUGGUGGGAUUAUAGAUGGAGGAGGGUGACACCCAAAGAACUUGGUGGAUAAGCGGUCAGCUUUGCUAACGCCUCUAGAAGUGGCUAGCAAACUCCUGCAACAGAGCCUUCUUAACUCUUGAGUUCUCUUGUCAUUCUCCCCUGCUUUGCAGGGGCCUUCCUAUUGAGAGGAGGCCUGGAAACAGGUUCUGAAGGAUGGCCUUUGUUUCCUGUUGAAAUAAUCUAGCUCAGUCUAAACCUAGAAUCAGUCUGUGGAGCAGACCUUGGAGGAGUUUGCUAAUUUGGUUGGCCCUGAUGGAUGGUGGGGAUCUUGAAACGAUUCAAAAAGAAGUUCACAUUAGGUCAUUUUAUAUAACCCUUUAAAGGGCUUCACUGUAGAGCCUGAACUUUGAUCAUAAUUGACUUGGGCUGAUUUGGGGUUGUGUGUGGUUUUUUUUUUUAAGCUUUUGGGGGGCUGGGGCUCCUCUGCAUGCUGGAAAAGAGAGAGCAGCAUGGUAAAACACUCUUAGCUUCAUAAAAAUAGGUGGCAAGUGUCAGUUACUGGAGUUGAUGUCUGUAUAAACAG